UGGAUGAGAGAAUUAAUUCUAAUUUGAAGAAUAAGAAGAAAAAAGCAACAAUACCAACAAAUCAGAACUUUUCUAAUUUUCUAAUUUGGAAAUUCGAUUGUCAUCUCAUCGAUUAAUCAUCAUAAUAGUUUUCGAAAUCAAAAUGAAUUAUCUCAUUUUAACCUUUACUUGUGUUCUAAUCUUUGCCCCAGAAUUAAGUUUCUCUUCAAAGUGUAAGAAAUCCGAAGACGCAAAGGUCGAUUCUUGUGCUCAGCGACUUUUCCUGUUCGGUGAUAGAUCAUCAGUCGGAUUUCCAGAGACUGAAGAUGGAUUAAGAAAUUACUGCAGUCUUGCCAAAGAAACCGAGAAAUGUAUCAAGGAUUAUUCUCGACGGUGUUUGGCCGCUUUUCCUCGUCAGGUCACUAAUCUACUCGUUUAUGGAAUAGCCAAUCAGCAAAAGAAAUACUGUAAGAAAGGAGGUUCGGACAUCAUCCAACAUGGAAAAUGUGGUAACUCGGACCUCGAAAAAGGUCACCAAUGUAUGGACGUUUACAUCGACGAUCUUUAUGGAAUCCAAGAGACUGAAGAUUCUGAUAAAAAGAUUCCAUUCGUUUGCUGUUCGUUCUACAAAUUUAAACGAUGCGUUGUGUCCAAUCUUCGUCGACAAAAGUCUUCCUGUUCUCGAGAUGCGGUCACUUUCUACGCUGGACUUAUCCAUGGGAUCGCUGCCGAUGUGCUCGAACUGAUCUGUGCCGAGUACAAAGAAAACUCAACCGCCUGCGGCGAAAUUAACAAAAGUUUACCCACCCGGAAAGCGGAAACAACCAAAAGUAAAUCAAUUCUACCUCCGUUCACAGCGAUCAUGGAAUCCUUAUAAUCUCAUUAAUCCAAUUGUUACCUGAAUCUGAUCUCACCUAAUCAUCACCUUAAUUCAUCCUCAUUAUCAUCAUCAUCUACUAAUCAUCAUUUGUGAUCAUCAAUUUUCAUCAUUCACUUUUUUCACUUCAAGUUCAAUGGAAACAUUGACAAUACGAAAUCAUUGUAAGCUUCACAUUUACCAUUAAUUUAAAUCAAUGCAAAUGAUUAAAAAAUGGAAUCAAAUUAAAUGAUAAAAAAAAUCUAA